AUGGAAAUACUUCUCAACCUCAGGCAAGUUAUGUUUAUUUCCUUAUAUCUCUGUGCAUGCGUAGCAAUGUGUGAGUCCUUCCUCUACUCAGUGCCAGAAGAAAAGAAAAGUGGGUCUCUGGUAGCGAAUGUGCUGAAGGAUUUGAGAAUGGAUGCAAAGGAGCUGUCUGCUCGGAGAGCCCGGCUGGUUUCUAAGAGCUCCAAGCAGUAUUUCCAGCUGGAUCCUCAUUCUGGGGAUGUGACAGUAAAGGAUAAAAUAGAUCGGGAGUCCCUGUGUGGUCAGAAUGAACCUUGUGUUCUACUGUCUGAAAUUGUGCUGGAAAAGCCAUUGCAGCUACACAGAAUUGAAGUUCAGGUAGAGGACGUGAAUGAUAAUUCCCCCAAAUUCUCUAAAAAUCAAUUUCUUCUUGAAAUACCUGAGCAGACUCCUGUGGAUAUCAGAUUUCCUUUGGAAAGAGCAGAAGACUCAGACAAAGGAAAAAAUGCUGUUCAGAACUACACCCUUAGUCCUAAUGAACAUUUUAGGCUGGAUGUGCAAAGUCACAGUGAUGGUAGCAAACAUGCGGAAUUGGUGUUAGAGAAACCGCUAGACCGUGAGGAGAAUCCACAGAUUUCCCUUAUUCUGUCAGCAGUUGAUGGGGGGAUCCCCAAAAGAACUGGAACAGCACAAAUAAUCAUUGAUGUUCUGGAUAACAAUGAUAACUUGCCUCAGUUUCCACAACUUGAGUACAAAGUGAAACUAAAGGAAAAUAGCCCAUUGGAUACACUAGUCACAAAAGUGGAAGCCACUGACAGGGAUUUUGGUUCCAAUGCUCACAUCACUUACUAUUUCAGCCAAGUGUCAGAAAAUGUGUUGAGAUUGUUCAAGUUAAAUAAACACAUUGGAGAACUUACUGUUACAGGGACAAUUGAUUAUGAAGAAAGCUCAAAUUAUGUAAUGAAAAUCAGAGCUACAGAUGGAGGGGGACUUUCUGCUCACUGUAAAGUCAUUGUAGAGAUUGAGGAUGAGAACGACAAUGCUCCAGAGAUUACCAUCACUUCCAUCACCAGUCCCUUACCUGAAGACUCUUCCCCAGACACAGUGGUGGCCCUCUUCAGUGUCACAGAUGUGGACUCUGGAGACAGUGGCAGAACUGCCUGCACCACUGAAGUCAACCUGCCAUUUGUGCUCAAACCCACCGAGAACAACUAUUACCAGCUGGUGACCCAACAACCGCUGGACAGAGAAAAAGCCAGUGAAUAUAACAUUACUAUCACAGCCACGGACAGGGGCUCUCCCAGACUCACUUCCACAAGAAUACUUCAUGUUGAAGUGUCAGAUGUCAAUGACAACCCUCCAGUGUUUGAAAAGCCAUUCUAUGAAAUGCAGUUAAGAGAAAACAAUAUUCCUGGUCUUCUGAUCGGUUUUGUCCAUGCUGUUGAUCUGGACACAGCGCAGAAUGCCAAAGUGACCUACUCGCUUUUGCCUGGGAAGGUCAAUGAUGGCCCCACAUCCUCUUACAUCUCCAUCAACUCUGAAACGGGGAACCUGUAUGCCAUCCGGUCUCUGGAUUAUGAGGAAGUACAAGAUUUCCAGGUGACGGUGAGGGCUGUGGAUUCAGGUUCCCCUCCACUGAGCUCAGAAGUUCCCAUCCGCGUUCAGGUCGUGGAUGAAAAUGACAAUGCCCCCUUCAUCCUCUACCCUCUCCAGAAUGGCACUUCCCCCCUCGACUGA